AUGUUUGAGGAUAGAUACUUAGAAACCAUAAAACAACAACUACUUUAAUCUAAAGUUGUGCCAGUCACAAUAAAUCCAAAAAACAUUUUGAAGUCUCUCUUGGCAUCAGAGAACAAGUUGGACGAAGAAAAUCUCUAUUUAUCCAUUUGUAAAAAGUAGGAACUUAUUAUAAAAAAUUUGAAUGAAGAAAAUGCAGAUGCUAUUAUAAGCAUUUGCAAGUUCAUAAGGUUAGAGAUUAUGAAAUAAAAGGAAGGAUCAAAGGAAGAAAUCAAAUAUGGUGUUCUAAAACAAAUAGAAGUAGAAUGCAUCAAUUGGCCUUAAUACAAGAGUCCUAGAUGGCCUGAAUAUUUGGAGUAUUUCAAUGGUUUAACAAUUCUAUUGAUCAACAACACCUACAUGUUGAUGGAACAAAUUUUGAUCGAUUUAACAACCAAACCCUUUGUUUGCGAAGAGUUUCAUCAAUAUAUUACGGAUAAAUUAGAACAUUGUAUGGUUGUAUUGUCAAUGGAAAUAAGUGAUUUUGCAAGAGUCAUAGAAAAUGAAACAUUCUAUUGGGAAUUAAAGAAAUAUUUUAAUUCCAUAAUCCAAAAUGUUCAUCUAUAUAUCAACAGAACAUCCUUAUUUUGCAAUACUCAAAUGGAAUAUUUGAAUGAAACUCUAACAAAAUAUCACACUUUAGCAAACAUUAGAACUUAUCAGAUAUUACAAAUCGAAACAUCAUAAUACAUAAUAGAUUAAUGUCAUAUAUCCCUAAGAGAAAUGUUAUUCCAUCGAAUUGAAUUUGAGAUAUUUGACAGAGAUCUGGUGAAACAAAUAAUUAGGCAUUUUUAUGAGUAUAGUCCAUUGAAUCUGGGAUUGUAUGAGAUGUCUACAUUAACAAAAUCCUUUUAGGAUGCAAUUUAAAUGUAUUACAUAUUGGACGAUAAAUACUUUGAAACAGCAGAUCUGGAUUCUAAAUUAUUUUCUUAAGAUGAGGAAUGCAUCAAAUACAAAAUCUGGUUGGAUGAAAAGCGAAAGCGAUAGUCUUCAUUAGCUAAUUAACCAGUUCUAAAGGGAUCAGUUGGUGCAGGUUUGGGUUGUUUGAUUGUUGACAGUGUCGAUCCUAAAAUUCCAUGGGAUGAGAAACUCAAGAGAGCUGGCAUUAGUUCAGUAGCCACAGGUUUAGUAGGAGCAGCUUUGCGUAUACCCGUUGUUGGAGUGAUAUUGUCUUAAGCCUUACUUUUUUAUGCAAUCAGAAUUCAAGCGAAUAAUAAGGUGGUGGACAAAAGUGAGAAGCUGAAAAAUAUUGCACAUUUAGGAUUUCAAAGUUCAUUUGGAAUAGGCACAGCUGUAGCUGGUCAAAUUUUGAUACCAAUUCCAGUAUUAGGGGCUCUUAUUGGAGGAACUGUUGGAGGAGUUUUUAUGGGAUUGUAUACUAAGUUUAUUAUUCCAAAGACAAAGCCAUCAAUAAAAGUUAUGAUAAAUGAAUUAAUGGAAAGAUAAUAUGCUGAUGGUUUAUUUUAAUAUGAUGACCAAGUUCUUAAGAUUAUGAAGAUUAAUCAGUAGCAUUAUUUCGGUCUGAAACCAGAUCAUUUGAGUGAGUGCUAAUGGUUCACUAUUUUAAUGGUCUAUAUGAUUAAUGAAAUCCAUUAUUUGACUAAUGUGCAGGGGUUGGAAAAGAUCAACGAAUUAUAGUAGUAAAUUGAGAAGAAACCAAAGGAGGAGAGCAAAUUGAUCAAAUAGAUUAAAGAAGUGGAGACUGAACUUGAAUAAUAGGAAAUAAUUAAUGUCAAAAUGGAACGAUCAAGAUACUAUAUAUAAGAAUAAGAAAUUAACACAUUAUAAAUAGUAGACAAGGUUGGUGAAUUUAUUAAUGGUAUGAUUGCCAAUUUUAGAUUGUGA